UACGUUUUGAGAUAAAAAAGGAUUAACUCGGCUAAUUUCUUACAUUUCUACGUUUCUAAUUGUCCGCAGCAUCAAAGUUCGCAAAAAUUUGAUUUCAUGAUUUUAAUUUUAAUUUAUGACCAUCCGACAAAAAGGAACUUUUAACUGCUGCUGUGAUCCAUAUUGUAUCACGUCCUUGUGUUUUGUUUUGAAUCGAUUUAAUUGUUCAAUAUGGAGCGUUCUGAUUUUCAAUCGACCAAAAAUUAGUAACAGGAAGUUCGAAUUCUACAAGAAUUCUAUGGCCUAAUCACGCGUUGCUAUUCGCUGUCUUUCUGUAUCUAUCAUUGUUCUUGCGUUUAACUGAGUAGGAACCCACAUAAUUACAUAUUUAUUUCUUUACUUAUUUCAUCGUUAAAAAGAAUCAGCCAAUGAACACUUUUUUUUAUUGUUGUGCGCCAAUCAAAACUAUAUAUGACAUCAUCGGUCCAGCAAUAGCUAAAACCGUCAAAGUGCAUGUUGUGUACUAAACACAAACUAUCAACGCGGAGACGUGCCUAUUCAUGAACUCAUCCGCGUUAAUAAAAUGAUUCCUUACAAAAGUUUAUGUCAUAAAGUCAAGAAAUAAAACAGGACUACCCGAUCCGUACUAGACUACUAACAUAAGCUCUUAAUGUCUUUCGCUGAAGCGUCCGCGCGGAUUACUAACACGUUCAGCAUAUAUCGCGUAUUAUUUAUAUACGAUUUUAGCUUUUUCUUAUCUACAUUAACUUGAAAUGUCAAUCUUCUGUCAGUAACUCUCUAAAAUUCUAGCUCUUGCUCAAAUAAGUGUCUUUAAAAAUUCUCAUUUCUUUUAGAUCAGCAAUUUGGUUCAUUUGAGGCCAUGAGCUGUAAAUGAUAAGCUAUGAUACUGUGUUAAAACCAUACAUGAUAUAGUAUUUGUCUCGUUUACAACAUUAUGAUACCAAUGAUUAUGAAUAUUUUUUCAGGUUCAGGGAGAUUUAGUGGUUUAUAUGAAUAUGAACACAGUGAACAUGAAUACGAUGAGCAUGAAUAUGAAUACUACCAACAACGUGAAGCUUCAGCAAAAUGGCGGUGUGACAGUUGUAGGGGACAAAACGAACAUUAAUUAUCAUCAACCUCCUCAGUAGUAAACUGUUACAUAUGCUUUUUGGUUAAGUUGAAACCAUGAGGACGGAUUUAGUUUACGGCUUUUUUGUACUACUUUCACUUUCCACGACGACAUUAGUUUUGUGUUAUAUUCUAGACAGUGCUUAACUAUAUCGUUAAAGGCUUCGUUUAGACUAGGUAUCCUCUCAUCCGGAACCUUAGUUAUUACUCAGAUAUCCAAGUGCCCACCAAAGUGCACAAUCAGGGGCACCGAACGUCAAUUUUCGGAAGAUAUCUGUUCGGAAGACGAUUUGAGACCUAGAAUUUUCAGAACAUUUUUUGUAAAAUUUCUUGCUUGCCUGCCUCUCCUAGGAUUUUCGAACACCUAAAAAAUGGUAUAAUUGCCCAUUUUUAACGGAUUUUUACCCUAAAAAGGUCACCUAGAAUUUUCGGGAGCCCUGUUUUCUGCUGAAAUUUUCGAAAAGGUAAGUUUGAUCCCUACAAUUUUCGGAUCACUAGACUUUCAGCUAGGAAAUCCGAACAGAUGAAAAAUUUUUAGGGGAUAAAAAUAUGCCUAUAUCUACCGUUUAAAUACUAAAAUACGUUUAACAAUGCUAUGUUAAAGUGGUUUUGAACUGUAUUCUCGUUGGGUGCCCAUGCACAAUGGCACAGAAAGCUGGAUAACUGGAUAUUUCUCAACCGUUAGCCACAUCUUUCACUUCGGUGUGAGCUUCUCAGAUGAAAAACGAUUUUGUACUAUCACAGCGAGUUUUAUUCUUGCAUUUUUCUCAAUUACAGUUGCAGAAGUUCGAGUUAGCGAGGUUUCGACUUAAUGGAGUCGAUUGCAAAAUUUAAUUUGCCACAUUAAAAAUUGAUAGUUACUGAUUUUUCAGCACUUCAGUUUAAAGUGCUGUGCAAGUUUCACUUAAUUAAUCAGAAACGUUACCAUUAUUAUACAUUUUUUUAUGAUAAAAUGUGAUCUGUUCGUUGCACCAAUUAAAUUCAAAUCGAGGUAGUUUUGGCUAGUGUUAGUUUUAAUGUUUUUAUAGUUUAUAAAAAAGAAGAGCUAAUGGGAUGGUAUCCGAGUUGAGUUACAAGAACCAGAAUUAUUCGAGUUAUCGGAGUAAAUUUCAGUGAAUUUCUGAUCAGGAGAAACAGGGAAAAUGAAAUUUAGUUCGAGUUGUCCGAGUUUGAGUUAUCGGGGUUCUACGACGGUCUGUACAUAUGGAGUAUACUAAGAAAGCAUCACCAAUGGACUCGUAGUGUCUCUGUGUCAUUUAUUCAUAUAUUAACCGUUCUAAUAUCUAGAUGGAUUUUGAAGGAUUAUACCUGCAGGAUCAAUGCCACUAGGACGGAGGCUGUGAAUAUUAAAUGAUUUUAAGGAUGUAUAGCGGACAAGAUGCACUACAGAUUCAGAAGAUUCUUAAGUGGCAGUAGCCUAGAGCGCCAAUUGACUGGCAUGGCCCAUAUUAGGCCCGAGUUAAGCGUCGGAGCAUGUGCCAUAUUCAAUACUAUUGGGAAAAGUCUAUCCGGCGUUCUCGCUCAUUAGCAUUAGAUUCGGCACAUCUAAAGGCGACGUUUGAACCAGGGUUCACACAGGCUGAUGGUCGUUAUAAUUGUGUGUUAAAGUAUUGUAGUCCACUUUUAACUGGUAUGAUCGGUAAGAACGUAAAUCGAAGCUGUUAUAUAUUUAGAACAGCUGGUUUAGGGUUUUUUUUAUUUAACCGUACUUUAUAUUAAAUACAAUAACGUAUUCUAGAGUGGCAGGCUGAUAGCAGGAGCCCAUUACCCGGAGUAAGCAGCUGUUUUGUACUUGGGACACGGCGUUUUCACCGUAAUUUAUUUCUUUUUAAAACAACCUUGUUCCCAGGGUUCUCUGCUACCCGUCCCUAGUGAGCGAGAGAGACCCGUAGGGACGGGUAGGAGAGAACCCUGGGGCCGAGGUUGUUCUUUUAAUUCCAACAAAUCAAUUAGCAAAUCCAA